CAUGCACGCCCGUGCCUGUGAAGACACUAGGCGCCUUGCCCACGAGCCUUGGUCCCUGUCCUCUUGAUCAGACAGUCCAGGGUCGCGCUGGGACAUUCGGGAGCUCUGCAGUCUAGCACCCUGCAGCCUAGGAGCCCUUUUGUUUCCCAGCUGUUCAGUGCCUAGGAUUACUUGCAUAUACAUAAUUUUCCCCACGACAGUUGCUUCUGCUACUGGCCGUGUACUGGGUAUUUGAAUAACUGAGUGUGACGGGGCCUUCCAGGGUGGCCGUGAGGCCCCUGUAGACACUGCGGCCCUUUUUCUCCUUGGGCAAUCACCCCUUCUUUCCCCUGCCAUGCCUUCCUCUUGUUUUAUUUUACCUGAGGGAGGCGGCCCCAGGGCUUCCCACUCCUGAUCUUCCCAUUGACUACCAGGUGUUCAUGAUCACUGCCUUGGGAGUAAUUGAGUGUCUCCAAUCAACCCCUACACCAUGCCCCAUGGCUCGCAGGUCCCCCUGACACAGAGGACACCUGGGACUUGUCGGCAAAUGAUGGCCCCUUGGACUACUUCCCCAGACCAGGCCCUUCACUAGGGGCAGCAGGUGCAGGGGCGCUGAGCACAGCUGAGGAACAGGCUCCUGUAACCCUGGAGCUGCUGAAGCCAUCUCAAGGAAGAUCAGGGGAGAGGAGACCCCUGAGGCCUGGGCCAGACCAAAUGCGUGAGAAGCUGGGCAGUGGCCCACCGCAGAGAGAGGACAUGGCCGUGAGCAAGCUCCGGGAGGUGUUUGAGGACGUGGCCGUGUAUUUCACCCGGAAGGAGUGGGAGCUGCUGGAAAAUGAUAACAAGGUGCUUUACCGGGACCAGAUGCUGAAGAAUUACCAAGCCCUCGUGUUCCUGGGUUAUCGAGGUCCUACACCAGACUUAAUCUGCCACAUCCAGCGAGGGGAGAUGGAGCUCUGGAUGUGCAGUAAUGAGGAAGCCGGAGAAAGUUCAUUGUCCGAGGACUUGUCCCCAGCAGAUGCUGAGAUACUGAGCAGAGCUGAGCAGCAGCAGUUUCCUGAGCCAGGGUCUGCCAACGAGCAGCUGGUUCAUGCUGGAAACCAGCUCCACACCCAACAGGGACAGAGAACAGCAGAGACCCAAAGGAGCAGAGAAGGAUUUGAAGGGCAGAGAGACCUGAAAAGCUGUCACAAGAGCAUGGCUCUAGAGGGGCAGGGGCUGCAUAUAUGUGGAGAGCCCAGUGAGAGCUUUGGGGACAAACAGGAAUGCGGGGUCCAUGGGAGAACCUACUGGAGGGAGGAUGCCCACCCCGGUGCUGAGCAUGGGAACAGCACCCACCACACACGCCCUCUCCUCGGGGACCAGAGAAUGCACUCAGGGGACCAACCCCGCCUCUGCCCAGAGUGUGGGAAGAGCUUUGUCUCCCUGAGCGACCUCCGAGGACACCAGGGCAUGCACGCUGGUGAGCUGCUGUACCACUGUGCUGAGUGCAAGAAGGGCUUCUCUAGGUGGGAUCACCUCCAAAACCACACGUGCAUUCACGUGGGGAAGAAGCCAUUCUCCUGUCCUCAGUGUGGGAAGCGUUUCACCUGGAGCUCCAAACUCAUAAGGCACCUGCGUGUGCACACGGGAGAGAAGCCGUUCUCCUGCAUCGAGUGUGGGAAGAGCUUCACGCAGAUGGAAAAACUCACCAAUCACCUGCGCGUGCACACAGGGGAGAAGCCAUUCACCUGCCUGCAGUGCGGAAAGAGCUUCACGCAGAUGGAAAAACUCACCAAUCACCAGCGUGUGCACACAGGGGAGAAGCCAUUUUCCUGCAGCCAGUGCAGGAAGAGCUUUACGCAGAGCUCCCAUCUCACCAAGCACCUGCGCGUGCACACAGGGGAGAAGCCGUUCUCUUGCAACCAGUGCGGGAAGAGCUUCAUACAAAGCGACAAACUCACCAAUCACCUGCGCGUGCACACGGGGGAGAAGCCAUUCUCUUGUAUCCAGUGCAGGAAGAGCUUCACGCAGAGCUUCACAUUAACACAGCACCUGCGCAUGCACACAGGGGAGAAGCCAUUCUCCUGCCCGCAGUGUAUGAAGAGCUUCACCGAUCACUCGAAGCUCAUGUGGCACCAGCGUGCACACAUGGGGGAGAAGCCAUUCGCUUGCAGCCAGUGCGGGAAGAGCUUCAUACAGAGCUCAAAACUCAUCAGGCAUCUGCGUGUGCACACGGGGGAGAAACCGUUCUCUUGUAGUCAAUGCGGGAAGUGCUUCACGCAGAGCUCCACCCUUGCCAAGCACUUGCUUGUGCACACAGGGGAGAAGCCGUUCUCCUGCAGACAGUGCGGGAAGAGCUUCACCCAGAGCUCCACGCUCACACAGCACCUGCGCAUACACACGGGGGAGAAGCCAUUCUCCUGUUUGCAGUGUGGGAAGAGCUUCACCGAUCACUCAAUGCUUACACAACACCGUCGCAGACACACGGGCGAGAAGCCGUUCUCCUGCACUCAGUGUGGGAAAAGCUUCAUGCAGAGCUCCAAUCUCACUGUGCACCUUCGCAUGCACAUGGGGGAGAAACCGUUCUCCUGCGGCCAGUGUGGGAAGAGCUUCACGCAGAGCUCCACGCUAACCACUCACCUGCGUGUGCACACGGGGGAGAAACCCUUUUCCUGCAGGCAGUGUGGGAAGAGCUUCACACAGAGCUCACAACUCACCAGGCACCUGCGCAUACACACUGGGGAGAAGCCAUUCUCCUGCCCGCAGUGUGGGAAGAGCUUCACCGAUCACUCAAUGCUCACACAGCACCAGCGCAGGCACACGGGGGAGAAGCCGUUCUCCUGUGGCCAGUGUGGGAAGAGCUUCAUGCAGAGCUCCCAUCUUACUGUGCACCUUCGCAUGCACACGGGGGAGAAACCAUUCUCCUGCCUGCAGUGUGGGAAGAACUUCACGCGGAGCUCCACGCUCACCAGUCACCUGCGCCUGCACUCAGGGGAGAAGCCCUUCUCCUGCGGCCAGUGUGGGAAGAGCUUCACGCAGAAUUCACACCUCACCAGGCACCUGCGUGUGCACCCAGGGGGAGAGGUUGUUCUCGUGCAACCAGUGUGAAAAGAGCUUCAGCAACAGCGCAACUCUCACAAGGCAUGUGCACAUUUGCUUGCACCUAGUGUGGGAAGGACUUUAUGCAGAGCUCCAAAUUCACCCAUCACUUGCAUGCACACAUGGGACAGAAACCCUUGUCUUGCAGCCAGCAUGGGAAGAGCUUCACCUGAAGGUCAUUGCCCACCAGGCAUCAGUACAUGCACAUGGGGCAGAAACUGCCCUUGUGCCCGGUGCUAGAAGUGUUUCAGGAGCAGAAUCGUUGCAAUGAAUGGGGUGCAGAUUCCCUCGUCCUCCCUGGGCAGUGGGAGUGAGGGUCCUGCCCCUGGACUGUAACCCCCCCCCCCCCACACACACACACACACUCCCUCCUGCUUCCAUGUGGAGUGACCAAUGUGGGAUAUUGUGAUAGCUUCUGGUGGCAGCUGGGCCAGAGAAGACAACAGGCAAGAGCUAAGUGAUGGAGCCAGGUAACAGGAUAAAAGUCAGGGGGACACAAAACCAAAGUUGGCCUGAUUAAAAAACAUCCUUUCUUGAACCAUCCAGUCCUAGGCUGCUACCUGUGGUAGCAAAGUGAUCCCUUCCUUUUCCUUCCUGUGGUGUUUGGGACAUCACCAUUCUCAUCUGUUUUUUACCAUCCUUUAUCUUGUCAAGUUCAGUGUCAACCAGACAGGUCCCCUGCUCCCACACGAGAGAGUUUAGAUGAGGCACUCAAUAAAUGCAGUAUCCUUGAAA